CUCUUUCAGGGCCUUGAAAUCUCGCCCUCGUUGCGGUCGUCCACAUCCUUUUCUCUCCUCCUCGCCGGCCCAACCUGAUUGUUCUUCAACCAAGAGGAAGAAAGGAAGGAAGGGACCGGAAGCAUCAGCCAUGUCGAACUCGGCGUCGGGAAUGGCCGUCUGUGAUGAAUGCAAGCUCAAGUUCCAGGAGCUCAAGGCAAAGAGGAGCUUCCGCUUCAUCGUGUUCAAGAUCAACGAGAACGUGCAGCAGGUGGUGGUGGACAGGCUGGGGGGGCCAGGAGAGAGCUACGACGCCUUCACGGCCUGCUUCCCCGCCAACGAGUGCCGCUACGCCGUGUUCGAUUUUGACUUCGUCACUGACGAGAACUGCCAGAAGAGCAAGAUCUUCUUUAUCUCUUGGGCCCCGGAUACAUCGAGGGUGAGAAGCAAGAUGCUGUACGCGAGCUCCAAGGACCGGUUCAAGAGGGAGCUGGAUGGCAUUCAGGUGGAGCUACAAGCAACCGACCCGAGCGAAAUGAGCAUGGACAUCGUCAAGUCGCGAGCCCUCUGAAACAGCCCCGGCCGCUGCACCUGCACGCUGCAGGGGCGCAUCGGCUCCUGCAUGCCCGUGGGUCGUCGAAUCCUUGCUUGUGUGUUGGGAACGGUCUUGUGUUUUCGUGUCCUUGUUUUCCUGGAAGCAAAAGCCCUGCAUUCUGUAUGAGACUGUAUGCCAUUUUCCAUCUUUUUCUCUCCCCAUAUCUCUGCCCUAGUCCUGCUACCGCUGUAGACUAGAACUUAUUUGGUGUUUGAUCUCGUGGCAUUGUCGAG